UGAACGGAUACAACACGCAGCCAGAAUCAACUUUAACUGUGAAUGCGUAAAAUGUACAACUUGCCUUAGCUACUUGCUAAGUGUUUUGAUAGCAGCUGACUUAGCAAGCGGUCUAGUGUUUAAUCCAGAAACUAACUCGCUUGUUACUCAAAGGCUAAUGUUUCACCGACUCCUGUGUGUUUGGUGGUAAACUAACCCAGCUAGCCGCCUAGCUUCCCGGCUAGGACAUGAAUAAAGCAUUGUUCGCGCUGAGACAGUUUGUGUCACGGAGACGUGCUGUGAGUUUCUCUGCUGCGUGUUGUCAGGUGACGAGCAACCCGGAGGAAAUAGCCAGACUGUACCGGGAGGUCAGCCUCUUCCCUUCUCUGAGCAGAGCAGACGUGGGACCUGUCAUCACCUCCCAGUAUGGAGGCAAAUACAGCAACAUCUACACAGAGUGGAGCCAACGUGACCUGGAGAGGAAUGAGAAUGUCAAGUUUUGCCGGCAGUACAUUGUGUUCCACGAUGAUAAGUCUGUGGUCUUCUCUGGAGCUUCUGGAAACUGCACUGAGAUUAAAGGAGAGGUGUUGAGCAAGGAUUCCCCCUCAGGUGAAAUGAAGGCUGUUGUCAGAGAGUGUAAGAUCAAAGGGGACGACAAACAGUUUCUGGAGAUCUGGAGUAAAAACAUCAAGAUGAAGAGCAUCGAUCUAACAGCCCUAAAGAAGCACGGCAAAGUCUAUGAAGACGAACAAUUUGGCUGCUUGGUUUGGUCCCACUCUGAGACCCACCUUUUGUAUGUGGCGGAGAGAAAGAGGCCCAAGGCAGAAUCCUUCUUUCAGACUGUGUCACCGGAGCUGUCUUCCAUCGGGGAUGAGGAGGAAACCAUGAAAGAGGAGAAAAAGGAGACUGUUAAAGGGGAGCAAUUUGUCCUCCGUGAGGACUGGGGAGAGGCGCUGGUUGGUAAGAAUUGUCCAGUGCUUUGUGUUUUGGACAUCGAGGGCGACAACGUCUCUGUGCUGGAAGGUGUGCCUGAAAAUAUCUCACCUGGACAGGCAUUUUGGGCUCCAGGUGACACAGGUGUGGUGUUUGUAGGCUGGUGCCACGAGCCAUUCAGACUUGGCCUCAAGUACUGCCCCAACAGGAGGUCGACUUUAUUCUAUGUGGAUCUCACUGGGGGGAAAUGUGAGAAGCUGUCAUCAGGCACCAGUGCAGUGUGUUCCCCCAGGAUGAGUCCAGACCAGUGUCGAAUUGUGUACUUGGAAUGUUCUGUCUAUGGGCCACAUAUGCAGUGCAGCAGGCUCUGUAUGUAUGACUGGUAUACCAAGAAAACCUCAGUGGUGGUGGAUGUGGUACAGCGACCUGGAGAAGAUGGCUUCACUGGUCUCUACAGCUCUCAGUUGUCCCCUCAAUGCUGGUCAGCUGAUAGUCAGAGUGUUAUUGUAGCUUGUCCUCAGCGCAGCCGCAAGGACCUGUUGAUGGUGGAUAUAAGCUCCGGGAAAGUCACCUCUCUGACCUCAAAGUGUGAUGCUGGAAGCUGGUGUCUGCUGAACAUAGAGAGAGAUCUGAUGGUUGUCAGCUACUCUUCUCCUAACUACCCCCCAAGUCUGAGGGUUGGUUUCCUUCCAGCCAGAGAUUCUCAGGAGCAAAUUGAGUGGGUGACUUUGGAAGACUCUCAGGUGUUACCAGAUAUUCACUGGCAGAUCUUGACUUUCACCCCUCCCCCAGAUCAAGACAACACUCAAUACUCUGACCUUGAUUUUGAAGCUUUGUUGAUCAAACCAAAAGAGGUGAAGGAUGGAGUGAAGUUGCCUCUUAUCGUCACUCCUCAUGGGGGUCCCCACUCAGUGAUUGUAGCUGAGUGGCUUCUGUCGUCCUCUGUGCUGUGCAGGAUGGGCUUUGCUAUACUACUGGUAUCUUCAUCUCCUAAAAAGAAAAAAUAACUUAUGUCCCUCAUUCAAAGUUUUCCACGUUUUCCUUCCGAACAGUUUGCUGUUGAAAGUGUUCUGAAAGGUGGUGAAUUUGACGCACAGAAAGUGGCAGUUUCAGGAGGCUCCCACGGUGGUUUCCUCGCCUGUCAUCUGAUUGGCCAGUACCCAGCAUUCUACAAGGCCUGCGUGGCUCGCAACCCUGUCACCAAUUUUGCUUCGAUGAUUGGCAGCACAGACAUCCCAGACUGGUGCAUGGUUGAGGCUGGUUUCAACUACAGCACAGACUGUCUACCUGACCCUUCUGUUUGGGAACAGAUGUUGAACAAGUCCCCCAUUAAACAUGUAACACAGGUACAGACACCGGUUCUGCUUCUCCUAGGGGAAGAUGACAAGCGUGUACCCAACAAGCAGGGAAUCGAGUAUUACAGGGCACUGAAAGCAAAGCAGGUUCCAGUUCGACUGCUGUGGUACCAAGGGAACAACCACUCUCUCUCCAAGGUGGAUGCAGAGUCUGACGGCUUUAUGAACUCCACUCUUUGGAUAAUUCAACACUUAAGUCAGUGACGGUAAAUAUCAGACAAAAAGGUAGCAAGACGCUGCUGUGUGUCAAGGAUAUGAUGCUUCUGUUUUCAAAACAGUGUGUGGUCCAUUCCAAAGCCAAAGCUCUGAAUGUGCUGUCCAACCAGAACACACUUCAUGUAAAUGUACGUUACCUGUAUUCUACUGGGGUCGAUGAUGAUUGCUACAAUUACUUUCAAUAAUUGGGAAAUAAUAGUUUUAUCACUUUUGAUUCUGCAUUUUUGUUGCUACUGUUUUUAAAUACAAAAUGAAGGGGGUUUCAGUGUUUGAGGUUCCAUUACCAAAGAAAAUGAAUUUAGUGAACAAUCUGUGUUCACUAUUACAGUUUGAAAACAAAAGGUUUAAUGGGUUUCCUGAGUCAGUGCACUUAAUAAAAUGAUUGUGAAAAUAUUACCAGUGUGGGAUGAAUCUUGCAUAAAUGACCAUGCUCUGAUAAAAGGA